AUGGAUUCAUUCGCUAUGUUGAACGAGGAAGUGUUCAAACAUCUAUGCAGUUUGGCUAUCGACAAGGUGAGCGACAAGGCAGAAAAGAGAAAAGCCGGUUGUGGUGGUGUGGCAAUGAGGAAAAGGCUUCUUAUCAAGAACUUUGUUAAUGACCUGUGUCGAAAGAAAGCUGAGGAUGAGGAACUAGAGGAUAAAAGCUGUACAACUCAGGGAUAUGGCGACGUGUAUGCUCAGAAUGACGAGAUCGAAGACGACACGGAUUCGUCUGCUCGGGAGGUGCCAAAUGCCAAUAUGGAUGAAAUCCUGGGCGAUGGUGAUAGCAUACCCAGCGACGAUGACGAUAUGAUUCCCGCUCACGAUAUCUGGUUAGAUUCUGCAGCGAUGCCCGACAAUACUGCACUUACGGAUGCUCUUAUGUUUGAUUCUGUACAUUCAGGUCGUGAUGGAGCAAUUGGUCGCUUGGAUGAUAAAUCAAGCGAGUCACGGCUCACUCUCUAUUCACUUUAUUCGUCUGUUUCCGAAUCUGCCGACAGAGGGGAGGAAUCGCUGUCAGCCUGUGAUCCGCAAGAGUCAUUACUGCCAAACUGUUUGUACGAUUGCGUGCAGUCGGCGACGUUUGAUACGGCUCCGUUGACGUCACUGUCAGCAAUCAACAAUCUGUCAUCGAUGUGUGAUAUGAAUAAUUCGUCAACCAUACAACCUGUUUUGGCUGAAGAAAGUGAUCAGAUAUUCCUUUCUCUUGGCAAUCACAAGUACUCUGAUCUCAAAACAUAUAACCCAGAGUUUCCGCCUUCGUCCACUUCUCUACUGCCAACUAGUGUAAAUAGUCAGUCUCGGAUCAGCUGUUCUGUGGCAACAAAGCGUCGGAGCGAUGAGAUGCUACUCUACGACUCCAUAAACGCUGGAAUCGCCUAUCAAAAGAAAAUCAAACUUUGA